ACAUCUAACCGAGACCUCGUCGAUUUCUUAUCUUCAAUUUUUGCUCAGCGACUCUCAAUCGCAAACCAUUAGUGAAAGGAUAUCAAGUGAGAGUACAUGGGGAUUGUUUUAUCAAAGAACGCCAAUAAAUCAGUAACAGCAACGAUGGCAACAAACUACGAAAUUUCAGGGGCUGCGGAGGCUGCAAACAACACAGCUAUCGCUGACGCACCGAUUAUUGAAGCAGAAGACUGGCAGACAAAGUGUCUUACUGUCUUAGACAGAAACAAAUUUAUAUUCAGCAGAGAGCUACUAAGCGAUAUAAAAUUUGUUGUUCCAGCGUCAAACGGCACGAAGCUGGAGAUUCCAGCUCACAAGUUUAUUCUUGCAAUCAGCAGUCCUGUGUUUUGCGCCAUGUUCUACGGCCCAAUGGCGGAAACUAAAAACUCUAUUGAUUUACCUGACUAUGAGUACGAGAGCCUGUUGGAGUUGCUUCGUUUCUUGUACUACGACAAAGUAAAUUUGAGCGGAAGCAACGUAAUGCAAGUGUUGAACUUAGCCACGCAAUACAUGGUGCCUUCGCUCGUGAAUAAAUGCACUAAGUAUUUGCGUGACAUUUUAGGAGUAUCGAAUGUCUUUCAAAUUCUAGUCGCUGCUGAGAAAUUCGAAGCGAAAGAGUUGGAAAGAGAAUGUUGGAAACUUAUUGAGAUGCAAGCGGACGAGGCGUUGAUGUCAGAUGGAUUCUCAACAGUUGAAAUAUCUGUUGUCAAGUCUGUCGUGAAAAGAAGAACGUUGAAUGUUAAGGAAGUAGAUCUCUUUAAGGCAAUAGAUCAGUGGGCCACCAAAAAAAUUGUAAAGCAAGGACAAACUCCUACUGGUCGCCUAAAAAGACGAAUUCUCGGAGAUGAAAUUGUUAAAGCCAUAAGGUUUCCUCUAAUUUCUCAGGCAGAGUUUGCGUCUGUGGUGUUAAGUUCUGGCAUUCUCACAAAUGAGGAGAACAGCGACAUGAUGAGAUACUACAGCAACGUUCCAACACUUUCUUUGCCAUUUUCCCAAGAGAAAAGAUUUAUUGCCAGCUUUUUUCGAUGCCACAGAUUUUCAGGGUUUGAUAUGCCAAUUAGUCAGACCAGGAAAGUUAAAUUAUAUGAUAAUUCUCAUUAUCUGACCCGCAACCAAUUGCGUAGCGGUCAAUUAACCCGGUCAUACCGUCAGGCAAAUGCCUCAUCAGCGGUAAAUUAUUCGGCGAGCAAUUCUAGCAAGUGGUGCUACGACGUUGAUAGCACUGACAAAUUGAAGUUCUCAGUCAAUAAACCCAUCAGGCUUCGCGGGGUUGAGCUUUUUGGCUCCAUAGGAAACGAGUACCAGGUUUCCUUACAGGUGAACUGUACCGAACCUUUUACAAAGUGUCUGGUAACACAGUCUGGAAAUUACGCAUCAACCGCCAGAGAGAACUCUAAAUAUUAUGGCUUUGAUGUAUUGUUUAACCGUCCGAUUCAUCUGGAGGCAUAUAAAUAUUACGAAUUACUAUCAAUUAUCAAAGGUCCUUUGUCAUGGUACGGACAGCGAGGCCAAAGCUCUGUUGAGUGCCAGGGAGUGCUUUUCACUUUCAAGGAUCCUUAUGACAGCAGACAUAGAACCAACGCAAGUUGUGGCCAAUUUCCCUCGUUAAUCUUUACAUAAAUGGUAUUGGUUGAAUUGGUCACUGUUCUUCAGUAACUGAAUGACUAAAGCCACUCAUCAGCUUGUGUGAUAUCUAUAGAAAGCCUUUUCAAUGCAGUUAGAGUCCUGCAUUAGAUUCGUUUACAAAGCCGUGAAGAAAUCUUAGCAAAAAGCCCUGUAGUCAUGAUUCAUAAUAGUCAUUGCUUUGUAUUGGAAUGCAACCAAGGAAUUAGUUUGAAUAUAGAGCCUUCUUCGGAGUGUUCAAGGUUUUCGAUGCUGGAAAAUUUAAUAGUGAAAUCGUUAUCAUGAUACCUUUGUUAUUGGGGUGACUCGCAUUUUUACAUGAUUAAUAAUGAAUUUGAAAUAUCGUUAACAGUCAAAUAUCCAAAACUAAAACCAAGACAGAUUCUUAGAACGUAAGUGGUCAACUACCAAGUUGUAAAUAGACUUGUAAUUUACUUGCGUAGUAGAUUGAUUAACACAUCAGUUUAAUUGUCGAACAGUUGUUAGUGACUUGAUUGUAAAUAUUUUUCACAGACAUUGUGAUUCAAUUCUGACCGUCUUUCCAUUGAUAAUGCAUUAGUAAGCACCAUUUGCAAUUGUAAAACUUGCACGCUCGAUAUUUUUUUAGUCCCUUUUAAAUAAAAGUGAAUUU